AUGCUCGGGGGCAGUUCUGAGCCUCUCUCUCCUGCCGCCGCCGCCUCGCAGCCCGAGUCUCGCGAGACGAUCGAGAAGUUUCGACCAUCAUCAUCAGCAGCACCAGCAGCACAAGUCCUCCCGCGACACUGGGACGACCUGGCCGACGAAAAGCGACAGCAGCGACACUGGCACGAAGCAGUAGCGGCGGCGGCUGCUGCACGGCUACGAACUAUUACGACAACGACCCUGACACAGCCACAACGUCGCGACCCGGCGCGGUACCCCAGUCACGCGGGCCAUCGCCACCUCCGCCGCCGCCAGGCAGCCAUUCUGCUCUUCUUGACAGGGGCAGCAGCGCUCGUGGUGGUGGUGGUAGUGCUAGGCUGUGGAUUGACUAGUCAUCUCCCGUUUGGUUCCUGUCCUUUGUCGCUGCCAAGGCAGCAGCAGCAGCAGCAGCAGCAGCACUUCCAGCAACAACAGCACACAGCCAUGUCCGGGCAGUACAUGCCUUCCAAGGUCGGCGGCGGCGAUAAUAAUGGCGAUCAGGAUUAUGGAGUCCAGCAGCAACGGUGGGCACAGGACGGGGAGAGCUACCUUGAGAACCGGCCGACGCGCGACGCGACGCUGAACCCGCGCAAGGUCGCUGACCUGCCGGCACGGUACCUACCGGGAUACGGCCACUCCUCGGAUGUCGCCGUUACCGACACCACGACGAAUCCUGCCGAUACCAGUGGUGCAGACGACGCGCUGGCGUCAAAGAAGAGGCCGUCGUCGUCGUCGCCACCGCACCACCCGCCGUGGAAAGCCGGCCGGCCCAGGGUGAUCAUCAUCGGCGACGUCCACGGAGAGCUCGAGAUCCUGGAGGAUCUGCUGCGCAAAGUCGGGUACACCCCACGCGCACAGGGCGGAAGGGACCACGUGAUCCUCGCGGGAGACAUAAUCAACAAGGGCCCCGACACACCGGGUGUGCUGGACCUGGCGAUCCGGGAGGGGUUCAGCGGAGUCAGGGGAAACCAUGAUGACUACUUGUUGAGGUUGUUUGACGAGCAUGGUCCUGGCAAGCAGAAGGGCAAGAUGGCAGUUGUUGAUGAUGGUGCGGCCGUGUCCGAUGAGGACGGGGAGAGCGACUCCAGGGGUAGCAUUGAUGAGGAGGAGGAUGAGGAUGAGGAUGAGGACGAGGACGACAACGACGAGGAGAGCAUCAGCAACAUGCUCGGGGACACCAGCAUAAGCAGACAGCAACAACACAGCCUUGGUGGCAGCAAUGCCGACGGCGACGACAACGACCACGACACGAGCUCCGGCGAUGCGGCGGCCAGCAAGAAGCACAAGAAGCACGGCAAGCACAAACACAAAGGCAAGAAAAAGAAGCACAAGAAAGGGAAAAAGAAGAUCCCAAAGAAAGACCGCCUCGGCCUCGCCAUAAUCCGGUCCUGCACGCCCGAGCAGCGGCGCUGGCUCGCCAACCUGCCGCUGAUCCUGCGCGUGGGCCACAUCCCCCAUACAACAACACCAACAACGUCCCUAUCGGCUGAUCUCGGCUCGGAUGGUCUAGAGUCGUCCGUGGCCAAGCUGUUGACGCCGUAUGGUGGGCAGAUGGUCGUCGUGCAUGGCGGUCUUGUCCCUGGCAUUGCGCUCGAGAAGCAGGACCCCUGGGCGCUACUGCAUAUGCGGACGCUCCUGCUGGAGAAGAAGGAGAAAAAGCAGAAACACGGGAAGAAGAAGGGCAAGGAUAAUAAGCACAAGCGCGAGAGUGGGGACCACGAAGGCCGGGCUACUGCCAACGACAGCGCCGGUACCACUGAGGAAGAAGAAGGAGAGGAUGACAACGUUGACAACGACGCCGACGCCGGUCCAAUAACGACAAUGACCCCGCUCGAAACCCGCGAGGGCAAACCCUGGGCCCGCGUCUGGGACAAGUUCCAGCGCAAGCACGUAGCCUCCCGCACAGACCGGACAACUGUGGUGUUUGGGCACGACGCGAAAGCCGGACUGCAGAUCGGCGAGUACUCGUUCGGUCUGGACACGGGAUGUGUCGCGGGCGGCAAGUUGACGGCCAUGGUGUUCUUUGAGGCCGCCGUGGGGAUUGACGCGGACGAGUCCACGGGCCCACGCGAGGAGGGGGUCGUGCGUGUUGCGCACGAGUUUUACAGUGUUUCUUGUAAAGAGCGAGCGGCGUGA